CAGCCGCCGCUGGCUCAGCUCGCGCUGGGGAGGGAACGGAGCAGGAGGAAAGCAGAGCACCGGCUAGCCGGAGACAGCGGCCUAGGCUACCCCGCCCGCUGGAGAGCGCCGGGAGCGGAUCCCACCCCGCCGGGCUAGUCACACUCUCCCCUAGAGGGACGAGGGGGCAGCUAACGACCCCCAGGGCAGCUACGCCCCCUAGAGGAGACAGGGCAUUUCACACCCCUCCGAGGAGAGCGGGGGGGAUCAAUUACCUCAUUACCCCUCCGAGCGGCGAAAGAGACAGUUCCUCUCCGUCUGAGGAGAAAAGGGGACCGCUCAGUUCCUUCCACGCGCGCCCCACAGUGCCGGCAGGGGCGGUCGUGACCCUAGCACCCCCCGCAGCACCUCUCGGAGACGGGUGGGAGCAGGCCUUGGCCUGGCGCCUGAGAGAAGGGGGGUGACUUUGUCUCGUGGCCCCCGAACGGCUGCCGGAGAAGGGGGUGCAGCGGAGCCCCUGGUCUAGCUCCGCCAGAGGAAGGGGGCGGUUGUGUUCCCGCGGGGUGGGGGCGAGUCCCCCGCCGGUACGGAGCCAAGGGGGGGUGCAGGUGCUGUGACCGGAGAGGAGCGCUCCUCGGAUCCCUAUUGUUGUCUCGGUCUAUGCUGGUAAUCACCCGGGGGCGGCUGGGGACCCGUAGGGGGAGAGAGAGAGGCACCGAGCGGGCUGAGUGGAGGGUUUGCUGCUGCUGCUGCUGCUGAGAAGAAGGAAGCGGAGGAGAGGCACCAUUUGCCGGCCCGGCCAUGGAGAACGCUCACACCAAGACGGUGGAGGAAGUUUUGGCUUAUUUCGGCGUGAACGAGAGCACUGGGCUCAGCCUGGAGCAAGUCAAGAAGCUCAAGGAGAGAUGGGGCGCCAACGAAUUACCAGCUGAAGAAGGAAAAUCCUUACUUGAGCUUGUGCUUGAACAAUUUGAAGACUUAUUAGUUAGAAUUUUGUUGUUGGCAGCUUGUAUAUCUUUUGUUUUGGCCUGGUUUGAAGAAGGUGAAGAAACAAUCACAGCAUUUGUAGAACCUUUUGUAAUCUUACUUAUAUUAGUAGCUAAUGCAAUUGUGGGUGUGUGGCAGGAAAGAAAUGCUGAAAAUGCUAUUGAAGCUCUUAAAGAAUAUGAACCUGAAAUGGGCAAAGUAUAUCGACAAGACAGAAAAAGUGUACAAAGGAUUAAAGCAAGAGACAUUGUCCCUGGUGAUAUUGUGGAAGUAGCUGUUGGUGACAAGGUUCCUGCUGAUAUAAGACUUACUUCUAUCAAAUCUACAACUCUAAGAGUAGACCAAUCAAUUCUGACAGGUGAAUCUGUAUCUGUCAUUAAGCAUACUGAUCCUGUGCCUGAUCCUCGUGCUGUGAACCAAGACAAGAAGAACAUGCUUUUUUCUGGAACUAACAUUGCUGCUGGUAAAGCUAUGGGAGUAGUUGUAGCAACAGGAGUGAACACUGAAAUUGGCAAAAUUCGUGAUGAGAUGGUAGCUACUGAACAAGAGAGAACACCACUGCAACAGAAACUGGAUGAGUUUGGAGAGCAGCUGUCCAAAGUCAUCUCACUCAUUUGCAUUGCUGUCUGGAUAAUCAACAUAGGUCACUUCAAUGAUCCAGUUCAUGGUGGCUCCUGGAUUCGAGGCGCCAUCUACUACUUUAAAAUUGCCGUUGCUCUUGCUGUUGCUGCUAUCCCUGAGGGUCUGCCUGCUGUUAUUACCACAUGCUUGGCCCUAGGAACCCGCAGAAUGGCCAAGAAGAAUGCUAUUGUUAGAAGUCUGCCAUCCGUUGAAACGCUGGGUUGCACGUCUGUUAUUUGUUCUGAUAAGACUGGUACUCUCACAACCAACCAGAUGUCAGUUUGCAGGAUAUUCGUCCUGGACAGAGUAGAAGGAGAUGCCUGUUCCCUGAAUGAAUUUACUGUAACAGGGUCAACAUAUGCUCCCAUGGGAGAAGUGCAUAAAGAUGACAAACUUGUUAAAUGUCAUCAGUAUGAUGGCCUUGUAGAACUAGCAACGAUCUGUGCACUUUGUAAUGAUUCUUCUUUGGAUUACAAUGAAGCUAAGGGAGUGUAUGAAAAGGUUGGAGAAGCUACGGAGACUGCACUCAGCUGCCUGGUUGAGAAGAUGAAUGUAUUUGACACAGAAUUAAAGGGGCUCUCCAGAAUUGAACGUGCAAAUGCGUGCAACUCGGUCAUAAAACAACUCAUGAAGAAAGAGUUCACUCUGGAAUUCUCAAGGGACAGAAAGUCCAUGUCUGUCUACUGUACUCCAAACAAACCGAGCCGGACAUCCAUGAGCAAGAUGUUUGUUAAGGGUGCUCCUGAAGGUGUACUUGACAGGUGUACGCAUGUUCGUGUUGGAAGCACUAAAGUACUAUUAACUCCAGGAAUUAAGCAGAAGAUCAUGACUGUCAUUCGAGAGUGGGGUACUGGUAGAGACACAUUGCGUUGCUUGGCUCUAGCAACACAUGACAAUCCACCAAGAAGAGAAGAAAUGAACCUUGAGGACUCUGCAAACUUUAUUAAUUAUGAGACCAAUUUGACCUUUGUUGGCUGUGUGGGUAUGCUGGAUCCCCCAAGAACUGAAGUAGCCUCAUCCAUAAAGUUGUGUAAGAAAGCUGGUAUUCGUGUUAUUAUGAUUACUGGUGACAAUAAGGGCACAGCAGUAGCCAUCUGUCGUCGUAUUGGUAUCUUUGGAGAAGAUGAGGAUGUUUCUUCAAAAGCCUUUACUGGACGUGAGUUUGAUGAACUUUCCCCAGCUGUCCAGAGAGAUGCUUGCCUACAUGCUCGUUGCUUUGCCCGUGUAGAGCCUUCCCAUAAGUCUAAGAUUGUUGAGUUCCUCCAGUCUUUCGAUGAGAUCACGGCUAUGACUGGUGAUGGUGUAAAUGAUGCCCCUGCACUGAAGAAAGCAGAAAUUGGGAUUGCUAUGGGGUCAGGUACUGCAGUAGCUAAAACUGCUUCUGAAAUGGUAUUGGCUGAUGACAACUUCUCAACCAUCGUAGCUGCUGUGGAAGAAGGGCGUGCAAUCUACAACAACAUGAAACAGUUUAUCCGUUAUCUCAUCUCUUCGAAUGUUGGAGAAGUUGUCUGUAUCUUCUUAACUGCUGCUCUGGGUUUCCCUGAAGCUUUAAUUCCCGUCCAGCUGUUAUGGGUAAAUCUUGUAACGGAUGGUCUCCCUGCCACUGCUCUGGGCUUCAAUCCUCCCGAUUUAGACAUCAUGGAUAAGCCACCCCGUAAUCCUAAAGAGCCCCUGAUCAGCGGAUGGCUCUUCUUCCGUUACCUGGCUAUUGGAUGUUAUGUUGGAGCUGCAACAGUGGGUGCUGCUGCGUGGUGGUUCAUUGCUGCUGAUGGUGGCCCCAGAGUUACCUAUUACCAGCUGAGUCAUUUCCUACAGUGCAACGAGGACAACCCAGAAUUCACAGAUGUAGACUGUGUGGUCUUUGAAUCGCCAUACCCAAUGACAAUGGCACUUUCCGUUCUGGUCACAAUAGAGAUGUGUAAUGCUCUCAACAGUUUAUCAGAAAACCAGUCCUUAAUGAGAAUGCCUCCAUGGGAGAAUAUCUGGCUGCUGGGUUCUAUUUGUUUGUCCAUGUCACUCCAUUUUCUUAUCCUUUAUGUAGAACCACUGCCGCUCAUCUUCCAAAUCACACCUCUGAAUGUGACACAGUGGCUGAUGGUGUUGAAAAUCUCACUACCUGUAAUUCUGCUGGAUGAGACCCUUAAGUUUGCGGCCCGUAACUACCUGGAACCUGGUAAAGAUUGCGUGAAGCCUGCAACCAAACCAUGUUCUUUGUCAGCAUGCACCGAAGGGAUUUCCUGGCCAUUUGUGCUCAUUACUAUGCCCUUGCUUAUCUGGCUUUACAGUACAGACACUAACUUUAGUGAUAUGUUCUGGUCUUGACUGACAGAGUGAUGCUUUUACAUAAAGAUGUUUAACUUAAUCAAUUUUUUUAUUGUUUAAAGCAACUGUCGAUUUCUGCUGAAUUUUUCACAUGAACAUAUUUGCCGGUGAUGGAGGUUUCAUACUCUAGAUUUUGUGUUUUGCUUUUUCUGACUCCAGUGGGGGCAAUAUUUUCCUCUUUUAUACACAACUAAAGUGUCCAUUGACAUGUACAGAGAACUAACACUAUUUUAUGCAAAUAUUUUUUUGUAGAUGAAAAGCAUGUACAGUGUUCUGUUUAAUAGUCUAUUCAUCCUUGUAAAAAAACAAAACAAAACUUUUUUUUGAGCCAGCAGACACUAUCAAACUAAAUUGGUAGCAGAUUUUAGGGAAUGAAUGUGUUUUCUAAAACUAAAAAAGCAUGCAACUGUCUGUCUCUUGCAUGAUCAUCUGAACUUAAGUUGAUAUCAGUUUUUUUUAUUCAUAAGCCGAUUUUUCUGCACUGGGCAGAGAGUACUGCUACCUCAGUCAGUGGUUUUUUUGUUUUGUUUUUGUCCCUCCUUAUGCCCCCUCAUCUUAGGUUCCUGACUGUCUUGUUUACCCUAGUCUUUGUAAGAGGUAGAGUAUGCCUAGUCAUGCUUGUGCAGAAAACAUAAUUCCAGGUGGAACCUGCUGGGUUCUUCUGUCAUCCCUUCAACACACGUAGUAUUUUAAGGUUAUUUAUUUAAAUGUCUAAUGUAUUUUAUUAUAACAAACCUUGUUUUGCCAGUGUUGCCCACUUUACUGGGGGGGAGGGAGAGAGGGCACUACUUCAGUCUAGCUUAAACUUUUAAAUGGACAAAGAAAAUUCUAUUUCUUUUUUUUAACUCUAAAAGAUGGCUUAAGUUCCGUUUUUAAUACCUUAUUUACGUGUGUCAGAUGUUUUUCAGUCUUAGAUCAGGGCUUUUGUAAUGUGACCUGGAAAAAAUAACUUGCACUGCAUAGUUAGAAAUUGGAUUUCUUACACUUUUAGUUGGGGCACUGAUCAGUUACACAUUUUGAGUUACUCUGCUGGCCUUGUUCUAGCUUGACUUAGAGAAAUAACAAGCUCGUGUGUGUUUUUGUAAAAUCUGUAAAUAGCACAUGACCAAAUGAACAUAUUGUAUAGAACUAUUUUUAUUUUAAUGUGGCACUAACCACCUUCAUUAUAUUAUGAUAAAUGUUAGAGCAUGUUUUCAAAUUCAGUCCUGUAUCAACAAUGUGUAAGUCAUUAACAGUCCUAACUGUGGUGUUUUUCUCCAAUGCCUUCCAACGUUCAUCGACUAAAGUGAGUAUUUCUCUUCCAUUUCACCAUCCCAGUGGUGACUUGCUGUAAAAUGGCAUAUGCUGUAUACCUGUCAAAGAAUAAAUAGUAAUUUCUUUCAUUCCA